CUACGGUCACAUUGCGCUGCACAAAUUCGAUACCACACGAAUUUUAUUUCGUGAAUUUUAUUGAUUCUUUUUGGAGAAAUUGUCGGUUAAAGACCUUUCUGCACGAGUUCUCCGUGCCUGCACCUGUCCGCCGGCACCACCCAGGCCACAAAAGUGGGUGCGGCGCCACCGGAAUCGCUAGCAUCACUUGGACUGGAGCACUUGCACCGCUUUGCACACCACCACCACUACCCCCCGCCCCCCCGCAUACACCCUCGGCAGUUUACCCUUACCCCUUGGAACUGAAGAUAUCCAAAUCAAAGGCGAAGAAGUCUCGGAAAAAAUGGUGGACGCCGCCAGGCAAAUGCUCGAUGAGCUGAUGGGCAGGAAUCGGAACCUUCAUCCCUCGGAGGCGGGGGCCAAGGUCAACUGGGAGGAUCCCGAGUUCUGCCAGUUCUACAAUGUAAAGUUCUGCCCACAUGAUCUGUUUAUAAAUACCCGCGCGGAUCUGGGACCCUGUGCCCGCAUCCACGACGAGGAGGCCCGUCAUCUGUACGAGGAUGCUCGUCCCUCGCAAAGGAAACGACAGUACGAAGAUGAGUUCCUGCGCUUUUGCAAUGUCAUGCUGCACGAUGUCGACCGAAAGAUCCAGAAGGGCAAGCAGCGCUUGCUUUUAAUGCAAAGGGAUCAGCCCAAUACUCCGGCUCCGUUGAGCAGGCACCAGGAGCAGCUGGCCAACCUGAAUGCCAGGAUCAACAAGCUGCUCUCCGAGGCAGAGGAAGCGGGCAUUCGUGGCGAUGUGGACCAGGCGCAGGAUCUGAUGACCCUGUGCGAGGAGCUCAAGGAGGAGAAGGAGCAGCUGGUGCAGCAGCACGAGGCCAAUCACAAGGCCAUCAGCAGCAUCAGCUUGGCCAAGCCACCGGACGAUGAGCUGCAGCCGGGGCGCAGCAGCAGUCCUGGCACAAAUCACAGCGACGACACCCCCAAUCCACUUCCUGCGGCCGCCACCACCAGCGAUGAAGCUCUAGAGGCUGCUCCAAGUUCGGCAGCAACAGCAGGAGCUGCUCCAGCGGAGGAAGGUGAAUCUGCUGGAGCAUCGGGUGAAGAUAAAACGGAGAAGAGCGAAAGCAAGGCGGCUGGCUGGUCGCACGAUGCCCUGCCCGAGAAACAAAUGAAGGUUUGCGAGAUCUGUGGCGCCUUCCUGAUCGUCGGCGAUGCACAGCAGCGGAUCGAGGACCAUUUGAUGGGCAAACAGCAUUUGGGAUACUCCAAGCUUCGCAACGCGGUGGCCGAGAUCAACGAUGCGCGGCAGAAGGAGCGCGAGCAGGAGGAUCGACGUCGGCGGGAGGGUCGAGUGCAGCGCUUCCACUCCUACGAUAAUAGACGCGAGCCACGCAACGAGUACCGGGAACGAAGUCGUGACUAUGUCCAAAAUCGUCAGCCCUCGGAUCGGCGUCACCAUCACCAUAAGUCGCACCACAGCUCUCAUCACUCGUAUUCGCGCAGUGGUGGCGGCGGCGGAGGAGGAGGAGGCGGUGGUGGUAGUGGUGGUGGUAGUGGCAACCGGAGCAACCGGAGCCAUCACAAUCACAACCAUAAUCAUUACCGCCACGACAGCCGCGAACGACAUUGCCGCAGCCGGAGUCGCAGCCGCUACUAGAGACCAAAAACAGCAUAAUAAACCAAGUGAAAAGCAAACACCACAAGUAAUAAGCAGAAAGUCAGGAGCUGUUCCCAAAGCCCUAAAACGCAACUACACAACUAAAUAAGAUCAAGACUCAAGACCAACGCAACACAACCUCUCGUCCAACUGCAAUCUUCCAUCUUCAGUCUCGUGUGUGUUCGCAAAUCCACAACCACAACCCGUAAGCAGCUGCCGUGGCGAAAGGCGGCAGCAUCGAGGUACCCCAAAAAAAAAAAAAAAAAAAAAAAAAAUACAAAAAUCAUUAACACAAUUUUUGAAAAUAAUAUGUAUAAAAACAGUAAAAAAGAAACAGUAUCUGAGCUGGCAAGAGCGAGUGCGCUGAGGUGAGUCGAACACUUGAUAAACCCGUAAAAAGUAACACUCCGGCGCUACUGUGCCACUCCACAUUCCGUAGACAAACUCGUUUCGUUCCAUAACUUUACUAUAUAUCGAUCUCUAUCCGCCGUGUACACACGUCUUUCCUUAAUGUGUGUACCCAAUUGCGUACAAAUCCCAUCGAGGAUUUCAUGAAGGUCAGGUCCUUUUUAAUUAACAGACGGACUUACGAAACGACCGUUUAGGCUGUAGAUGGGAAUUGGUAUUUCAAAAUUGAUUUCAAUUAAUUUUUGUAUGGUAUAUUAGGCUGCUUCAGUUCCUAAAACACUCAAACAAACUUUUUUUCUUGAUUAAAAAAAUGCAACCCUUUUUAAAAAACGAGCUUAUUUUAGGAACAUUAUAAUGUUGACAUAUUUGUUAAGGUAUAAUUCUAUAAUUUUAAAUUAUUAUAAUUUCAAUAUAAAAACAUAUUAACCAUUUUAAAUAAAAUCGAAGUUUUUUAUUUAGCUACAUCAUAGAUUUAAUAAAAGCAAAACCUAUUUGAUACCUUGUUGGGAAACUUUUGAUUAGCAAAUUAAAUAUUAAACAAGGGUUUUCAAAUCAAAUAUUUUCUAAAUCAUUAUUCAUCUUGCGAGCUUAAAGUUUACAGUACUAUAAUAAUUUAGACUGGUUCCGCAGUUUGAUUAGAAGACAACAUUAGACAGUUUUAGUCAGGUUUGUACUACAGAUCAAUGAAUUUCGCAUAUAAACGAAUAUACAAAUCGACUGAGAAAUAGGCAAAGGAUUAGGGCGAUACGGGACGUUCCUCGGACGAUUCCCUUGCAAUUGUAAGUGGGACAGUGACUGAAACAGGUAUUUACCAAGCCUUACUGUUAUCUCCUUGCGCUUAAUUAACCCAACAGAAACAGACCCACGCAUCUCAUGCAUUGUUCCCUUGCACACCCCACACAUACCUGUCCACACAACCCAUAAAUCAUAAACGAUAUAUGUAUAUAUAGUGCUAUAUAGAGUGACUUAGUGAGAGUCUCGUACUGCAUGUGCUUUUGGCUUGGCGACUGGGUUGCUGGGUCCUUUUGUGUGCGAUGGGAUGGGUUUCAAGUUCCCAAGUGGAGGUACGUAGUAGUAGUACCUUGCCAAGUACCCAAAAAAAAAAAAAAAACACAGAAAGUGACGGACUAAGGCAGUGAGAAAGUGAAAGGAUCUACUGAUGUGAGACUGAUUGCAGGUAUAUUUGAUUAAUCGAUGAAACCAUCGAACCUUUGAUCCCUUUCCAAAGAUUUGAAAUUUAUUUAGUUUGUAAUUUUAAAUAGAAAUACAAUAAUCGAAAUAUAUUGUUAAUAUAUAUCAAUUUCACUUUGUUAUUAGAUUGCUACUAGAUUUAAGUAAAUAUCAUUUAGUAGUUGGUAUGAGUUAAAUUUGUUUAUUUUCAGGAGUCUCAGAAAUAUUAUUUUCUUGGUUAAAAAUCAGCAAACUAACUGGCUUUAAUUAUAAAUGUUAAAAGGAGUUCAAACUGCAGUUGGAAAGGGAUCAUGAGGCGUCGGCUUGCCGACGUAAGUCUUACAUAUUACUUUUUUUUGUAUCCUGCUCUCAUUGUUGUGGUGUACUGCCCCUCCCAUCUCCCCUCCCACCUGCACUAUCGUAUUUCUUAAGAUAUACAAAAAAACUAACCCCAGCGAACUCUUCAAGUCAAGAUUCCAAGAAACCUACGAAAAACCACGAGGUAAUUGAAUUACAAAAUUGAAUUAAAUUAUAAUCAAUACAAAAAUAAACACAAGCAUAGGCAGAACAGAGGGAGACAGCAAACAGAGCACAGACAGAGAGGGCGAGAGUUCCUAUACCCAUACACAAGUGUAUGUUCAUGUUCCCCCCUCCUCUUCACCAACAGGUAAAUUGUGACUGACCCCCGACCUCCACCCCAUGAUAUAUUAAGCCUAUUUUUGUGAUGUGAUACGAUCAGCCGUAGGUUGAGUCUCUGUCCAGAGCCAACAAAAAACAAUAAAGGAAGCAAACUUCGGCAAGCCGCAGUUCAUAUACCCUUGCAGCUAUUGCUAAAAGUAUAUAUUCUUUAGAACAAUAUCCAUAUCUCAAGGAAUGUUUAAAUUGAUGCAUAAAAAAAUUGAUAUACCGCGAAGUUAUAAUUUUUCUUAAAAAGUCGUAGAUUAAAAAAAAUUAAAACCGCAAUUCUGACUAAAUCUAACAAUUACUAUAUCUUGAAGAAUAUUUCUCUUUCUUUUUUCCCGAGCUAUAUGAUAUAGUCGUCCGAUCCGUCUCGCUCCGACUUUCACAUACACUGCCUGCAACAUAAAGACAACUUUUAAUGAAAGUUUUAUGCAGAAAGGUAAAAAUUCAGAGACUAAUACCUUUUGCAAGGGUAUAAAAACCAACCCUCGUAGAUUUAUGUUCUGUACUGUUCGUGCCACACCAAAUAAAACAAACACACUUAGAAAUCUGAAUCUUUAUAAAUAUAUAUAUAUAUUUACACGAUCAGCUCGAAAUAAGUUUAAGCUGCGCUACCCACUUUCUAUCCCCCGCACCCGAAGUUUUAAUCUGGCUCAUUUAACUCACACUUUUCUCUCUGCAAACAUAUUCCAGGAGCUGCCAAACUGAAGGAUGGAACCCAGAAAUAUAGAAAAGAAGGAGAUGGAUAUAUAUAGAGAGAGGGAGAUAUAUAUAUAAUAUAUAUAUCUAUAUAUUAUACGUAUAUAAGAAAGAAGAACCAACCAGGUAACUUCUAUGCCACACCUCCCACAUAAAUGUUUCUUCACGACAGACAAGGCGGCGUCGAAAUCCAAAUUCCGUAAAAUCCAGAAAUCAACGACCAUCAAUCGGCGAUCAACGAACGAUCAGUGAUCAGAGAAAGAGAGAGAGAGAAGAGUGAAAGAGAAGGCAGAAAGAGACACUCGUAUAGAAACUGUAUUAGGCAUGAUACAAACGAGGUGAAUUUCAAUUUCUCUCAUCUACUUAUAACUAUAUAUUAUAUAUAUAUAUAUAUAUAUAUAUAUAUAUAUAUAUAUAUAUAACUCCACUAUCCAUUACUCCACCCAUCCUUCGAUCUUAAUAUCGUAAUCGAAAAUGCGCGAGUUGUCAGUUAAAUAUUUAAACCAUUUGAACCGUACAUAUAUGAAUGUAUGGGCCGCUUAUGUUUUGUGUUCUCGCAGGCUGAGCUCCUCUUUCCCCUUCCGUGCGAGGACCUAAAUUCCCCCCCAAAAACAUCCUAUUAUCCAUCCACUAAUCCAUCAUCCCAGUUUUUUUGUUACAACAAUCUAAACCUACAACAAAAAACCUAGCGAAUUAAUCAAUUAAAUUGAAUUCCCAUCGGGCAAGCAAGAGUUACAAAAAAAAUUUACGAAUGCAGAAUUAAGUAUAGUGUAACCAAUCAAUAAAAUUCGAUCGAUCGCCUGUAGUCAUGUAAA